AUGUCAUUCUUGAGAGAUAUAUAUGAAAGCAUUAUCCCAACUGCUUAUGCUGAUGAGCCAGCUGGUGAAACUGAAGAUGAAAUUGCCGAUGACGAAGCUCCAGUUGAACAACCAGAAGAUGCAGCAGAAGAAGAUCCAAAGGAGGAAGAAGUUGAAGUAGAAGAUGAUGGUGAUGAUGAAGACGAUGAAGACGAAGAUGAUGAAGAUGAAGAUGAAGAUGAAGAUGAAGAAGAAAAUGAAGACCCAUUGGAUAAAAUGAGAGAAGAAUGUGUCAAGACUGCUGCUUGUAAACCAUUUGAUCACCAUUUCCAUGAAUGUAUAGAAAGAGUAACCAAAGAACAAGAAGAGCCAGACUAUGAACACAAGCAUUACAAGGAGGACUGUGUUGAGGAAUUCUUCCAUUUGCAACACUGUGUUAAUGACUGUGUUGCACCUCGUCUAUUCAACAAGUUGAAGUAG